AUGCCACUCCCUCCUGAACAGAUCAACAUCAAGCGCCGGCGAGAAGAAGAGCCGGUAGAAACACUAUAUAUUCAAUCUGCGCUGCACCAGACUAAGCGCCGCUUCACUGAUUAUGUCUUUCAACGCGUAACUAUUAGUGGCAAUGGGAGCCCCGAUGACUCGGAUUCAUCGGCGCCUCCCCACCCAGCGGCACAGAGACUCCUACGCAGCCCACGGUCUGUGAGUAGCCUGCAAAUUCCCAAUCGCCGUGCUGCGGCUCGUCAAGCUGUUUCAUCAACUGGGGUUCCCAGAGUCCGAGCUACGUCACCCGGUGCAGAAAUCCGCGAAGCUCAGCGAUUAGCGGCAGCUCGGAAAGAGGCCGAUGAAAAGCGCCAGCGCGCCUUACAGAGCCCUUCAACUCCACAGAUUGACUCUCAGGUGUCAUCCAACACUAGUGGGGCUUCUACGACACAAUCAGCGAGAGGUUCAGACUCUGAAGGCGUGCCGCCCUCGCCGGGUCGUGGUCGUCCUCUCCGUCGUUUCCAGAUUUCAAAGUCUAUUGGCUCAAACUUGGGCUCGCUUCGUGCUUCCCGGGGAAUAAAGAAACGUCGAGCCGAUAGUGCUUCGCCAGGUGUCGCUGUUCUGGUGGAGCAGCUUCAAAGGAGGCCACAUUCCCGCCAGGCGUCUUUAAUCGCGGAUCUAGUAAACCAGGCCCAAAAUGAAGCCCUAGAAGACGUCAGUGUCAAGUCCGCAAAUGAAUCGGAAUCAACUAGGCAGCCCAGAAAACGCCCUGUUGUCAAUCAAGCCGAGAAGAAAUGGAAAGAAGAGCGGCAGAACGCUGUAUCCGCCGCGAAAUUGCAUCUUUCUGAAACCCUGGAGAAAUCUGCGCAGGCUCAGCAGAGCACUUGGGAUGAAGAAUCCGAGCGCCUGGCGAAGCAAUUCGAACAAGUAGCUCUUGAAAUAGAGCGAGAGAUGGAAACGGAUCCUCCAGCUGGGAAUGAUACCUUCGCCCCGCCCCCGUCCCGUCAUGAAUUACCCUUCCAGUCACCCAAACCAUUAAAGCACCAGCCACGACCACCCAAACAGCCGAGAGCAGUACCAAACAAAAAGUCUACAGAAAUUCCGGAGACGCAAUCUCGGACUGAGACACAGCCUGCCACUGAUAAUGACAGCGAUAACGAUUAUGUUUACGAUGUCUAUAUUCGGCGCCCACUGGCAGAGAUGGACAUGCUUGCAAACCCGUUGGCUGAGGCAGAAUCUGACGAGCGAAGCCAAAAUCUCGAAACUUCCAAUUUAGGAAUUGGUAUCAUUGUUAUCACUGCUGAAGACGAGGAAUACUGGGAACAUUUUGUGGAGGACGACGAGGAGGAAUGGGAUAGUGAAGAUGCGGAUUCAAAUGCUGAAAAUAACCCUGCAAAUGAUUAUCCCGAAGACGAACUCUCUUCAUCCGAUGAAGAGGAUGACCCAACUGCUAUCUAUGGAAAAUACCGCCAUCGUGCUGCUUCUGAUGACGAAGAAUUUGAUUUUGAUAAUUCUGGAAGCGAGAAUGGUGCGCAGUACGGAUCCAGAUUUACACAAUGGCGCCAGGGUGCACAGAUGGACUCAGAUGAUGAUACGGAUUGA